GUUUAAUUAAUGCCGAAUAUAUAAAAUUAAACACUGAUACUACUAAGUUAGAAAUUAUGACAGUAAAAGUUAGAAACAUUGAUAUGAAGAAUAAUGAAUUUAAGAUACAAUCUGAUCUUACUGCCAUAAAGAUUAAUUAA